AUGUACAUUAAAAUAAUAGUUUUUUUUUUUUUUUAAAUUGCUAAGAGGAAAGUUUUAACAAUAAUAACUAUCUUUAUUAUAACAAUUAAUUAAAAGUAUAAUAACUAUACCAUGCUUAAAUAAAAUCUAAAACACAUUCACACCCAGCCAUAAAUUCCGCCCCUGUAGGGCGGCACAGACACUGCCAGGUGUCCGCGCCGCCAAAUCAAGGCGGAAAAACAACAUUCACGCAACCACUCUCACACUAGGUUUAGAUUAUAGUUUUUGGCCAGCUAAAGGUGCGGACCAAAUAGAAAACAUUUAUAACGGGACCGGGUUCUAAUUGGUCAGAACCCGGGCCCAGAAGGCCAAUCGCCUCAGCACCCAAUAGUUACUCAUUCCAGUAAAGGUAACAGAGAAGAGAAGACGUGCUAGCAGCGGCCAGCAAAGAAGGAAAAAAAGUGAAGCGAAAGUUUCCAUACGGUUAGGUUGAGGGAAGUAGUGAGGAGUACCGGACAGGAUAAUGUCCCAAGGUUACCCACGGCAAGACCCGGCUCUCCGGAUAUCACCGAAUGGCACCUCGGGAACACUCGUGAGCGGCAUUCAGCAAGAAGACAGAAGAAAGAAUACACAGUGUGUGUUAGAAGUGAACCGGAUCGAUAUUCGACACUCAGUAUGGAAGGAAAUUGCUGUGUAAGCUGAUGCUUGCCGUGUUUCUGUAUACGGCCUUGUGCUGCUCCUUGGUUCUCACACCGAGAUCUGACGACUUUCCUUCCAAGGAUGUUAGCCACACGUACCUGGUGGACGUACAUCUACCAGAUGGCAGCACCCGUUCAGUAACUUGUUUCAAGUGUGGUCCGGGCACCCACGUUAAGAAACACUGCUCGGAAGAUUUUCAGAACUCCACAUGUGAAGAGUGCGAGGAUGGAUAUUACAACAUAGGGUGGAAUCAAGCAGAGAGAUGCGUAAGCUGCCGUUACGUGUGUAUUGAUGAAAAUGCGAAACUGACGAAAUGUACUAAAACUGGAGAAACAGAAUGCAAAUGUAAUGUAGGAUUUACAUGGGAAGUGGAUGAUGUGGCAUUGAAUGAAAAGCAUUGCAAGCUGAACACCACGUCAGAUGUGGACGAGAGUCGAGGAACUGACCCCCCGACCAGAGGAACUGACCCCCCCAUGAGAUGUGCGGUGGUGAUCAAUGAGGAGAACGGUCAUUGUGUGAUGUGCAACAUGUGUCAACGUGGGGAGUCCAUUGAGAGGUUCGGCUGUAAGGUGGUGCAUGAGAAAAACUGUUUGAAAGACCUCCAUGGUGGCCAUCUUGAAUAUUUUAAAUUGCUCAAGGAUGAUGACUCUACACCCACCUAG